CGCUCUGUUGUGUCUCCAUUCCAACCAGGAUGAGCUACGGAUCUGAAGUCUUCUCCUCUUCCUCCUACCGAAGGAUCUUCGGGGAAUCUCCCCGCUAUGCUUCCACCCCGUCGCGGACAGCCAUGUCCUCUCGGGGGGGUUACCGGUCCUCCUCGGCAUCCCGGAGCAACGUCGCAUCCCUGGGUUCAUACAGCAGGAAGUCAGGGCGCUCCUUCUCGUCCAUGCCCGUGGAGACCUUCGACCUGACACAGAGCAGCGUCCUCAACAAUGAGUUCAAAAUUAUUCGCACCAAUGAAAAGGAGCAAAUGCAAGGUCUCAAUGACCGCUUCGCCAUGUUCAUCGAGAAAGUGCGCAACUUGGAGCAGCAUAACAAAGUGCUGGAGACCGAGCUGGUCGCGCUGCGUCAGAGGCAGGCAGAACCGUCCCGCCUGGCCGAGCUGUACCAGCAGGAGAUCCGCGAACUGCGCUCCCAGCUGGACGAGCUCAACGGGGAGAAGUCCCAGCUUCUCAUCGAGAGAGACAGCAUCGAAGACGACCUCCAGAAGCUCAGGGGUAAAUAUGAGGACGAGUUCCGCGCCCGGGAGGAGGCGGAGGCAGCCCUCAAAGCCUUUAAGAAAGAUGUGGAUGACGCCACCAUGGUGCGCCUGGACCUGGAAAAGAAGGUGGAAUCUCUCCUGGAUGAAAUCAACUUCCUGAGGAAGGUGCACGACGAGGAGGUGGCCGAACUCACGGAUAUGAUCCAGGCUGCUCAGGUGUCUGUGGAGAUGGAGGUCUCCAAGCCGGACCUGACCUCCGCUCUCAAGGAGAUUCGCAGCCAGUACGAAUCGAUGGCAUCCAAGAACCUGCAGUCCGCCGAGGAGUGGUACAAGACCAAGUUUGCUGACCUCUCUGAGCAGGCUACCCGUAGCAACGACGCCAUCCGUGCCAGCAGGGAGGAACUGAGUGAGUUCAGGAGGCAACUGCAGUCCAAAACCAUUGAGAUUGAGAGCCUGAGAGGCACUAAUGAGUCCCUGGAAAAGCAGCUCAGGGAGAUGGAGGAUAGGCACAAUGUGGAGAUUGGAAGCUACCAGGACAACAUGGCAGAUUUGGAGAAUGAGCUGAGGGCUACGAAGAGUGAGAUGGCUCGUCACUUGAGGGAGUACCAAGACCUGCUGAAUGUCAAGAUGGCGCUUGAUAUUGAGAUUGCAGCAUAUAGGAAGCUGCUGGAGGGUGAGGAGACCCGCAUAGGGACAGGAAUCACCUAUCCCAGCCCAUCCAUUACUUCAGGUGGCGGGCAGAGCUAUAGCUACCAGACCCGCAUCUACACCGGUUCCGGUAAGAGCUCCAAGAGGGAAGGCAAGGAUGAGAGCCAGCCGCAGAGCAAGCCGGGAGUCAAGGCCACCCACGAGGUCUAUGAGGAGACAGUGGUCACCACCAAGAAGGUGGAGAAGCAGCAAGAUGCCGGUGAUACCUCCACCAAUCAGAAAAACUAAGCCCCGAGUGUAAGCCUGUUUUAAUUUGUGCAAUUCCCCUCCUUUAUUUAUUUAAAACAAGCCCGGGGUCUUUGCACUUGCACCACCACACGGACCAGAUAGUUUGCCUUCUCAUAAACAUCUUAGAAUUAUGUGUUGGAUUCCCACAUAUUAGCACAGGGAAAGAUGUACAACUCUUUUUAAUGUAGCUUCUGUUUUCUUUUGAAAUAACAAAGGAAAUGGAUCAUGGUUCCACAAUACCAAUCACUCUGUUCAACACCACUUUGUCCACCUUUGUUUUUCAUUCACACAUCCAAAAGAACAAGCACUUAGCCAGAACACGUUAGAACUCUCUGGUCUGGUCUUUUCAACAGAAAUCAUAGACAUACACUCAGUAGAUUGCAACUGGUUCAGCACCACUACCGCAAUUCCAGGAAAGGCAUGUGUGCAACCACUAUGCAUAGGUCAGAUAUUUUCAACAUGUCAACUGUACACUCAAAUGAUCAUGAGCAACUUCAUCGACGUGAUGCAAUACUUCAGUUCAGCAAGGGAGCACACAAGCGAUGGCGGGAAACCAUCUAGAAUUGACACUCAGUAAAGCCGUUCACCAAAACUGUGGCUUUUGAUGUUGUCAGUUAACUCUCUCCUCGCACACAUGUCCAAAUCCAUGUUGGUGCAUCAGUUUACGUGCAUGUAAGUAGCCCUCGGGGGCACUGACCUUCCUCAGUCACAAUAAUAGUAGCUAUUUAAAUGAGCGUAGGAGUAUUAAUCUGGCUUAAUUUGCAUGGUAUAUGUAGAUGCUUGCGUCAUGCAAAACACUUAUUUAGCUAAAAUGUGACUUAGGCUAAAGAUCUCUAUCUAGUAAUGCUAUGACGAUAAGGAUGAAAAAGAUGAGUUUGAGCAAGAGUGACGCGCAAGAGGCUGUAUUGUAAAUGACUACGACGAGAUGUGUGUCCAUGUUUCCACGCUUCAUGAUGGCGCUUUGUAACCCACAACGCAUAUCACUACGCCCAAAGACCAAACAUUCAAACUACAGCAAAAACGCAGCCCAAACCCACCGUGUUUUCAAUGUAACCUCUCGCUUUGGAACUUUGGCCAUGACUGGAUAAAAAUGUCUGUUGUAGUAUGACCUCACCAGUACAGUUAUGUACUUGUAGCUUCUUCUUCUUCUUCUUCUGCUCGCUCACUGCCAGCUUAAACACAGCGACGUUACUCUCCUGCCGCGAGCCGUGACCGACCACGCCCUGACAAGCUGCACUCACACAUCAAAUGAACAAAAAAGCAACAAAAAAAGCGUGAUUGUAUGACAGAAUAUUCUGGAACGGCUUGUUUUACUUGUGGCUUAGCGAUUGAUCUCAGUACUGUAGUCAGUGUGUAUUUGUUUCUCUACGCAGUGGCCUAUCCUAACGUCUACAGUACAUGCAAGUGUAUGUAUGUUGCGCUCCAGAGUCGUAAUGGUUACUUUUACAAUCCGACUGUAAACCAAAUACAUUUUCAAGGAUGUCUAACAAUCCCACCACUACAGCACUGCCAAAAUAAAAGCACCAGGUCGUGGCAUCACAAUACAAAAUGUGUGAAAAUGUCCAAUGCAAGGAUGAAUAUUGUGCCAUAGACUAAAUACUGUAGGAUAUAAAAUGCCUUAAAACACCAGCAGCUUUGUAUCUGGCCAUGUGUGUGACGUGAAUGAUUCUGUUCAGUGGAGUGUUUCAUCACUAGCAUAUUAUUUGCAUUUAUUAGAGCUUAGGGAUUGAAUGUAGUUGAUAUGCUAUUCUCUUUACUGUUUCAACUUGCUAUGUAUCGCUGUGAGACACCAUCCCAAUAAAGACUUGGCAUUA